GUGCCGCGGAGCCCAGUAACCAGGGACGACCCGGCAACAACGCGGCCGCGCCGGCGCCCAGCCCAGCGCAGCUCGCGCCGCGGCGCUCAGAGAGGGCGGCGGCCGACCGCUGGGCCUGCCCAGCGGCUGCCCCGCGUCCCGGGCCAAGCGCCGCGCCCAGGGCGGCCCAGGCGCCGCCAGCCGCGCAGCGCACCGGAGCCCCGCGCCCGGGCCGCGCGGGCACCGCUCAGACAAAGGCGCGGCCCGGGCUCGGCCCAGCCCGGCCCGCCGGCCUCCGCGCACCCCGCCCCGGCCGCCCCGGCCCGCGCCGGCCGAGCCGCUCCCCCUGGGGGUCCCGCCGGGGUCCGGCCCGGGGGCGGGGGCUGCGGCCGCCGAGGAUGGGGAAAUCCAACAGCAAGUUGAAGCCCGAAGUUGUGGAGGAGCUGACCAGGAAAACCUACUUUACGGAGAAGGAAGUCCAGCAGUGGUACAAGGGCUUCAUCAAGGACUGCCCCAGCGGGCAGCUGGAUGCGGCGGGCUUCCAGAAGAUCUACAAGCAGUUCUUCCCGUUUGGAGACCCCACCAAAUUCGCCACGUUUGUUUUCAACGUCUUUGACGAAAACAAGGAUGGGCGGAUCGAGUUCUCCGAGUUCAUCCAGGCCCUGUCGGUGACCUCGAGGGGGACCCUGGACGAGAAGCUGCGAUGGGCCUUCAAGCUCUAUGACUUGGACAAUGACGGCUACAUCACCAGGAACGAGAUGCUGGACAUUGUGGACGCCAUUUACCAGAUGGUGGGGAACACCGUGGAGCUGCCGGAGGAGGAGAACACCCCCGAGAAGAGGGUGGACCGGAUCUUCGCCAUGAUGGACAAGAACGCCGACGGGAAGCUGACGCUGCAGGAGUUCCAGGAGGGGUCCAAGGCGGACCCCUCCAUCGUCCAGGCGCUGUCCCUCUACGACGGGCUGGUAUAGUCCAGGUCCAGAGCUGGGAUGCCUGGGAACCGCUAGCGUCCUCCCGUGCCGCGAGGCCGCCUCGGCCCCGGCCCCGACACCGCCCUCCCGUGUCCACCCAGCCUUUCUCCGCGCCCACACCCAGCCGGGCUGCCUCAGACGGCGAGGCCCCUCCGCCCCCUGCCCUGCACCCACCCGCGGCCUGAAGCCACUGGCUCCAAUUGCCAACGACCUCUGCUUAUCCAGAAAACAACACGAAACGGAAAAGGCUCCAGCCCUCUGCAAAACCGAAGACUCAGCUGCUUCGUGGGCAGCAGCCGAGUCUGCUCUCCCGCGCGUGUGCUUUUGUUUUUUAAUUUCAAACAGACAUUAAAAAAAAAAAAACCACGACCUUCUAUUCUAGAAGAUUCAGACUGACAGAUGGGGAGAAGGCCUCGGGGACCUCAGAGAACUCUGGAGGCCACCAGAGAAGCCACAGAAGUCACGGCCUGGCCUUGGGUGGGCUCACGUGUCGGGGGGCUGCCUGGUGGAUGUUACUUGUCGACCUGCUUUGGAGCCACUGACCACCUGCGCAGCCCGGAGGGUCGAUCGUGAUGAUGAUGACGAUUUUCUCUGAUAACAGUAUUGUGUUUUUGUGGGGAAAGUGAACUUUGUUUUUUUUUUUUAUAUAUAUAUAUAACUGAUACCUGUUAUUUAUUGGUCGUUAACUGUUGCUGCUGCCUCUGUGUCCGAAGCUCCCGGGAUACGGGGUCCACCGUCUGUCUACAUGCGUGCUCACCCGCCUGCCCACAGGCCUGGGACGAUGGUGGCCAGCAGCGGCCAAAAAGCCAAAAACUCCGCCCCCCCCCAUACUGUGCUUGAUGUUUGGAGAAGGGAAAGGUGGGCUUCUUAACUGGCCGAUGCACUGUUCCCUCCAGCUAGAAUGCCCCUCCUUCCAUCCUUCUCCUCUGCUCCCUGUCCACACCCUGCCCGUCCUGGGUCUUCUUCUGGGUCCACAACAUCUUUCCUGAGGACGCACAGGGCACAUCUUCCCGUCUCGGCUCUUGCUUUGAUGUUUGUGGCAGCGUGGGGAAUGGAGGGGUUUGUCCUGGGACCAGGAGCCAGGAAGGGGGCGGGCACAAAGGACAGAGUGAGGAAGUGAGCUCGCGAAGACCCGGUGGGUUUGGAAAUUAGUCUCUCCCUCUCUGCUGGCCUGUCUGCCUGUCUGCCUGGCCCACACGCUGGCAGGGAGGGCAGAGAAGGGUGCCGGUCCUCCCGUCCAGGUGGCAGCCGCUCCUCCAGACUAUGUCCCACCUGUGCUCCUAAGAAGGUUUUCAGCUUUGUCCCCAGAAAAGGGCUGCCCUAGAACUGCCAGCAGGAAAGUCAGACAACUGUGGACGACAGGCUGGGAGCCCGAGGCUGGCUUGGUUCUGAGUUGGUGGGCCACCCCUGCCCUCUCCGGGCCCCAGCUGCCCCGUGGCGGAGCUGGGAGGCCUAGCUCAUUGAUGUGGAAAGCCCCCUCCAUGCAGACGUCAUAAAAUUCCAAGUCUGAGUUUCCUGCAUGUAGCGAUUCGGUGGUCUGUGGCUGUGUGUGCCAGACCCCAGCAGACAAGGGGACCAUCUGAGUCACUGUUCUGUCUCUUGGCACAAGUCUUCGAGGACAUGGCAGCCACUGGUUGUGAUGUGUAGGGUCAGAUGACACACCCUGUCCCUCUCUGCAGUGCUUCCCGGUCUUUCCUGGACUCUUGAGCUGUCUUUUUGGCCCAGAACUGGUCCUUGCCCAGAGGAGGCAGCUGGGGUGAUAAGCAGCCCCCAGACUAUUUUGGGCCUGAGGCUAGAAUUCCUGCAGUGACUUUGCAAAGCCAGCAGCCUGUCACCUCUCUGCUCCUCCCAGCCCCGGAGCUGGCAGCGCUGAGCCUCGGCUCCUAUUUCGAAUUGCCCUUGGUCUCCACUUUGCACUCUCCCAGGAGGCCAGCGCUCCUCCUGCUGAUUAACCCUCAGACAACGGACCCUCCCCAGAGGAAGCCCUUUGAGAGAGGUAUCUGCUGGUGGGGCUGCACCCCUGACCCCAGCGCCCACCCUUUUUACAUGUGCAGGCCCUUUGGCUGCAUGACGCCCCCAUCCUAAGCCCCCCAGAUCCUCUGGGGACAGGAGCAGCAGGUCCAAGUUCACAGGUGACUUUGAAGGCUGGGCUCUCAUAGCCCCUGCGGUCACCUUUCUGCUCAGGCCACUGGCCCAGGAGGCCCAGGACUCAACUCCAAGUUGUGCAGUUUCUUCAUCUGGCUCUGACCAGAGACCCUACAGACUUGGCCACUUGGGGUCAGAUGGGAGGAGAGAGGGGCCCUUCCCAGGUCAGAUGGCUUUCCGGCCUCUGCCUAAGCCUCGGCCGCUGCUCGGGUCCAGCAGAGGGGAUGCUGAUGUACAGCCUGUCCCGGGGCAUCACAGGAGAGGGACUGCGGCUGAGCUUUCUCCACGGCUAAUUAAGCGUGUGUGGACCCCUCAGGCCAAGGCAUCAGUUGAUUGGCAGACAGGCAGGGCCUUCCUCCCACCUUCUGGGAGGUGGUUUGGCCUUUUGGUUUGGAGCCAGGGGUAUGCCUUUUGGCCUUAGCCGGUGGCACUGUGGACCCACACCUCAGGCAUGCCUUGGGUACAUGCUGAGAUGGCUCAGAGCUGCCCAAAGGGCCACCCUUCUUCCUGGCAGCGUGCUGGACACUGGCCAUCUAUGCCUGAGUUUGUCAGGCUGGGACAGCUCUGUCACCACCUCUCGGCUAUGGCGCCGUGACACCCAGAGCAGCCUGGGGGCCUCUCUCUCCAGCACCCUUUUCCACACGAGGCCCAGCCCCAUGAGAUGCUGCUCUCUGGGGACCCCAGACCAGCAGGAAGCCGGGUUCUUGGGCCCAGGAUGCAGGGUGCAGCCGCAGGCAGCUGGCCCGGCCUCUUCCUCGCAGCAUCUGCCCCCCACUUUGUGGUGAUGGUACUUAGGAGAACGUCAUGGGUUCCCAGUAUUUAACCAGGCAAGGCUGAGAAUAAGGUCAAGCAAACAUUUGUGUCCCUCUGUUUCCCUGAAAUGCUUUUGACAGCCAAUGACCUAGACUACAGGUGCACCUGCGCUUUCUGGGACAUUGUCUCUUUGUGUGUGGGGGAGAAAUUGGGGUAUGGAGUUUCCCUGGGAGAGGCAGCCUCUCCCCAGAGAAAGCCCCGUGCCUGAUGGGGAGUUACCCUGUUCCCACCGCAGCUUCAGUUUCUAAGGGAUCCAAGAGAAUGUGGGCGCGCCCCCUGGUGGUGGUGAGCUGCAAAGGCAUUUGGGGGGCCCCAACCGGCCAGGUGGUUCCAGGGGGCAGGAGGCUGCAGAUGGUGGGCAGGUGAGUAAGGGGCUGUGAUCACCCCUAAGCCCUGGGCCUCCGGCCCCACAUUAUUGACAGUGUGUUCUCCAGAUACCCCUCUUCCAGGUGAGCCCCAGGGAUAACAAGUGAAUUAGCAUAAGGACACUUUGACAAGGAGCCUUGCCCCCCCCCCAACUUUUUUUUUUUUAAAUAUCUGCAGAGUAAACCCAAUGGUUGAUUUUUGAAUGAAUAAAAGGCUUUUGUUCAAUAAACAGCUGGUCCCAUCUCUGUCUUGGCAUCUAGCAGGCUCAGGCUCUGUCUACUCCCCAGGACUGUGGCAAGUGCGGCCCCCUGGUCCCAGGCUCUCGGACACUGUCCUUUCCCCUAAGUCUCUGCAAUGGGCCAUGGCCCCAGGGAGGGCCA